UGGGCAGGACAAGAUGCAUAAGUGGAAAGGCCUAAUAUUCCUUCCCCCACCUCAGACAGACCCAUAUAAAUAGUGAGAUAGUGAGUUCCCCUGCUCACUGGCCACCACUCAUUUGCUGCAUCUCUCUGGGACGUGCAUCACCCCUGCAGGAUGUGGACAAAGACAGUUACAGGAAAUUUUGCCAAAGUGAUUCAUGGUUUGAAUGCAAAUCAGUUGACAGAUCAAGUAAUUCAGAGAAGUAAGAGAAUGAUUCUGGAUACUCUUGGAGUGGGGCUUCUGGGUACCAGCACCGAGGUCUGCCACAGAGUGGCACAGUAUAGCAAGAUCUACAGCUCAGAUUUAUCCAGUACCAUCUGGGGCCACUUGGAUUUCCGACUGCCUCCUCUGUAUGCAGCUUUUGUGAAUGGAGUGGCUGUGCACUCGAUGGACUUUGAUGACACCUGGCAUCCAGCCACACACCCAUCUGGGGCUGUGCUCCCCGCAGUGAUUGCACUCUCAGAGGCCUUGCCUCGGAAGAAAAAAAUCUCAGGUCUUGAUCUGCUCUUAGCUUUCAAUGUGGGAAUCGAAGUGCAAGGCAGGUUGCUGCACUUCUCCAGAGAAGCCAGGAAUAUCCCAAGAAGGUUUCACCCACCGGCUGUGGUUGGUACGAUGGGGAGUGCAGCAGCUUGUGCUAAACUGCUAGGCCUUGACCAGCUGGAAUGUAAAAAUGCCUUGGCUAUUGCUGCCUCCUAUGCAGGUGCCCCACUGGCUAAUGCAGCAACCCAAAUAAAGCCCCUCCAUGUUGGGAAUGCUGCCAAGCACGGACUGGAAGCAGCUUGCUUAGCUUUACAGGGCCUUCAAGGAAACAAACAGAUCUUGGACAUGGAGUCAGGGAUGGGUGCCUUUUAUACAGAUUACAACCCACAGACUCUGCCAACCCUGCAGUCCUACCCAUGGCUCUUGGACCAGCAAGAUGUGGCCAUCAAACGCUUUCCUGCUCAUCUUGCAACACACUGGGUGGCAGAUGCAGCAUCCUGUGUUAGGAGGAAGCUUGUAGAGAGCAGUGAGAACUUGCUCCCCCUUGAUAAAAUUGAGAAAGUCAUUCUCAAAGUCCCUGAGGUCAAGUACGUGAACAGACCCAGCCCAGCCUCAGAGCAUGAAGCACGACACUCCUUCCAGUUUGUUGCGUGCUCGGCCUUGCUGGACGGCAGCAUGUCAGUCCGGUCCUUUGCCAGUGAGAACAUUCACCGGCCGGCCUUGUGGGAGCUCCUCUGCAAAACACAGCUGGAGCACCCUCCUGACAACACCCCCAGCUUCGACAGCCUUUACUGCGAAGUGAGUGUCACGCUCCGGGACGGCAACACGAUCAGCGACCGCUGCACCACCUUCUACGGGCACUGGAGGAAACCUCUGAAAAAGGAAGACUUGGAGAAAAAGUUUCAAUCCAAUGCACUUGGCAUCCUGCCCACAGAAGCCAUGGAAGGCAUUAUAGAGACUGUGUAUAACCUGGAAAGAGUAGAGGACGGUUCUGUAUUAAGUACAUUUCUAUCAGGACAGUCUGCUAGAGCACUUCCAGAUAAGCUGCGCUUCCUUUGAGUGUUCCAGCCCACAGCUACAUGCUCUUCACAAAGCUAAUGCAAAAUUCAGGACAAACUCUUACUUAGUGACUCGAGCACUUUUAAAUAAGACUCCUGUAACACAAGAACCAUAUUCAGUCCAAUAUUGUGCAUUUUGACUAGGUAAAUAAUUUGGUGUUUAUGUGCCCAGCUUAGCCAGGCUGAACAGAAGAUCCUCUGCUGGCACAGCUGACUCCAGCUAUCUUUGUACCUCUAGAGGCAGAGCACUCACUGCUUGCUCAUGGCACAAAAAUCUCCCUGCUCCUCUGCCAAAAAUGUGUGAUUCUGCUUCCAAAUUCUGGAAGAGCAUGAAAGCGCUGUGUCCUUGAAAAUCAUAAUGGUUAGAAGUACAGAGAAUGAAAACCUUUUCAUAAUUAUUUCUGUAGACUUACCUCUACAACCUCCUUGAAGAGUGAACCUGUUACGUCUGAGCGUAGACAUUUGUGCUAAAAUAAACACAGCACAUGCAGCAUGUCAGCUGUCACUGUAGCCAUUGCUCUUGCACUGAGGCAGCAAAGGCCUGGGCCCAGCCUGAUCACACCAGUGGUGAGCACGAGGGACAGCUCCACACUCCUCAUCAUAAAGGCAUUAUUGGCCAGUUCCACCUGUUGGCUGCUCUGUGGUACAGGUCUGUUCCUGUUUCACUCCUGCCCCAGUUCCAUGAGACACUGAGCAGGUGACAGCAGUGCAGGUUACUUCAGACCAGCAGAGUGUGGGCUACACUACACUGGGCAGCAGUGACAGAGACCUGUGAGCACCAGAGCACUUCUUACGAGAGACAACUCAGUGUCCACAGUGAACCCAGAUAAUAAAGUCUGGGAAUUUUUUGUUCCUCCAGGAGUACAAAGCCUUGCCAGACUGAGCUUCUAAGAGAAGCUGCCAACCCUUUGUUCACAUAUAUAAGAUCAAAGCAUGGUUUCUAAUACAUAGAAAAUUGUCUUCCUCAGGGCACUAAACAAUGUAUGCAAAAAAAAUUACAAAA